AUGCUUUCUGAGAACCAGAGAAUCACCACUGCCAAUGAGCAUUUCCAUUCCAAUGCCCACUGGUCCUCCAUCAAGCAUCCUUCUUGGAUGCAGUCCUGUGGCAUCUAUGAGACCACCUUCAACUCCAUCAUGAAAUGUGAUGUGCACAUUUUCAAGGACCUGUACACCACCCUGAUGCUGUCCAGCAGCACCACCAUGUACCCAGAUAUCCAUGUUAAGAUGAAGAAAGAGAACACUGCCUGGAUGGCCAGCAGCAUGAAUAUCAAGACUUUUGCUUCUCCUAAGUACGAGUACUCAGUGUGGAUUUGUGGCUCCUACUUGGCCUCGCUGCCUAACUUCCAGUAA